AUGUUAUUUGUAGAAUCUUUGAAUACGCCAUCAGGGGUUCGGCUGCGACGUACAAAAUAUUUCAAGCGUCAGAGCCGAGUUCAGCCUGACGAACAGCAACGUGAAGUGCGAAAACAGGUGUCUGAGCCUCAGCUUACGGCUGUCGCACACGUCCUUCAAAAGCACGAAUCUUAUCCACAAUAUUCUUCUUCUAAGCUGAUUCGACGGCCACGCACAGAGCAAGCAGUGGGGUCGUUGCUUAUCAGAACAGUCGAGGUGGUCGAUCGGCAGCCGGCCACGACCGCCGCGACGGCUACCACCGCGACCAUAACCACUCCUACAAGUUCCUUCGAGAGCGUUAUUACGGAGAGUGCCCCAGCACAGACGCAGGCGCGCGCGAGUCACACGCCCGCAGUGCGCUCGGGCCCGCCUCUCAGCUGCAACUUCUGCUGGAACACAGUGGACGAGUGCGGCCGCAUCCUGCGCCGUAAGACUCAGUACCACUGCCCCGAGUGCCGCACCAACCUGUGCAUCGUGCCCUGCUUCCACGAGUACCACGACGGACCCGAAACCGAGCCUACCGCCGUCGCCAGA